AUGAAGUUGUCUACAGUUCGAUUACAGCAACAUGCUGGCCAUAUGUUUCGCGAGCAUUGGAAAAUACAAGGAAAAAAGAGAGUGUUAGAUCACGGUCCCUUAAAACAACUCCAACAGAGAGGUAUUGAAUUUGAAGAUGCUUUGGAUGUUAUUAAAGAAAAGAGACCGGAAAAGAAAAUUUUGCCAUUGAAAAGUUUUGAACCUGUUCCUGUGGUUGCUGGUGAAGCUCAUCCUGAUUAUCAUGAAGAGCCUUGCCUGACAUACAAAGAUCAUAAUGUACUUCUAGAGGGAUUUAAACAAGCUAAAGUACUAACAAACACUGUUGAAAUAAAUUCUGAUGUCUUACCAUUGCAGCAAGAUGUAUCAAUUGAGCAAGAAUUGCCUUUACAAGAUAAAUUAGUGAAGAGGUGUAUCAAGUCAUCAUUAAUGUAUGAUGCAACUCAGGGAUUGCUCCCUAAACGCCAUGAUCCUUCAAGAGAAGCUUGGAUAUUUCCACGAGAAUAUGGGAUCACAGAUAAGCGAAGAAAUUAUCUACUAGUAAAUAGACUUCUUCAAUUGUGCUCAUCCUUUAGCCCUCAAUUACUUGGUCAACGCUCCGUGGUUAAUUCAGCCAAAUUUGUAGUGCCAGUUACUCUUCCUUCCAAACAGAAGAUUUUAUUUUCAGUGACAGGUGAUGCUGUAGUAUUUGCUGAUAAGCACCCAACCAUUGAAAGGACUCAGCAAGAAAUUAAUUCAGAAUUACCUGAUAUUUCUCCCUUAUCACCUGUUGUAUCACUAGAAGAAUCAAAUAUAUUCAAGUUUGAACCAAGUUUUCCUUUGACCUCUGAUGCAAAAUUAAGAAAGAUACACACUGCCGUGGUGCAUUAUAAUGAAACUCAGGUUCAUAACCUCUUUGAUAGCCCAGUCACUUCUGAUCAGAUCCUAGGCAGAAGUUUAAUGCAGGCAUGGGUUUUUGCUAUGGCUCAGGCACCACAGAAUCCAACAGGAAAACUGAAGGAACCAAUAAGUGUUCAAACUGUUCACACAAAUGGCCAAUUCUUUCACUUUUCUGUUCUACAAUUAAAUUCAACUUCAUGUGCCUCAAAUACUGAACCAAAGAAUUAUUUUUGGUCUUUUCCUGUUAUGGACAUUUUCAAACAUUGCACAUAUGAGAAAGGAUUGCCUGUUUUUGAAGAUUACAACCCCAGGGUAUUCAGAACUCUCUUAGCUUUUUAUAACAAUUGUUAA